ACUGGUUUUCAUCUGCCAGUCAUUAAGGGCAGAAAUCUUUGAUUUUACGAACGUUCGUCAACAUAAAUUGUUGUACUAAAUUCAAAGAAGAAACGCACUCCGCUUCCAAGACGCGAUUACAGUGACUACACACUACACCCAAUAUUAGGCGAUUAAAUUAUUCGUAAGCCCCAACGAUUCAAAAACUCAAUACCCAAUGGAAGCCGCCGAGGGUCAAAGCUUGGUCAUCAAAAUGGCCCAAAAGAACAAGGAGACCCAAACUGUGAAGCUGGUGGCCGGAGGCGGGCUGGCCAACAACUGGUUUGCCCCGGCGGCGUAUGGGGCAGGAGGUGUUCCAUUUGGAAGUAGUCCCAUGACCCCUCCGUCGCCCAUUCCGCAUCACAGCAUCACAUCGUGCCAGUUUUACAUGGACCGCGAGGAGCAGCUGUACCGCCGUGCCUGCCAGAUGAAGGGCAUCCGGGUGGAGCGGGUCCACGAGAUCCGCGAGGAGGAGGACGACUCGAAUGGCUCCGAGGAGGAGCCUUCAAAGGGCAUCCGCUACCGCUACACCCUGGACGAGAUGAAAAGCUUCAACCCGUACCGCUUUAUCAACUUUUAAAUGUCCCCAAAACGUCCCCAGUACCGCCAUUGCCGUCACAUUUCCAUUUCCAUCCAUAUCGCAUUGUCAAUAUUAUUAUAUCCAUGUAGGAUCCAUUACUAGGUCUGGUUUCGGCACCAUCCCCACAUUCCACUUAAGAUGCGAGCUUGUAGCUGCACCAUGCAUGCCUCCAAACCCAACUGGGAAUCACAUGAGAAACUGGAACCCAGGACACCACCCAUUUGCUUGUUGUUACCGUAUUGCCAACCCCAUGAAAACAAUAAAGAAUUGUUCAUAAAUGUCA